CGAAUUUCGUAACAGAGGGCGCUAAAAAAUGGGAGACGUGAAAAACACGAGCGUGGGCUCCUCUACGACUGAUCGCUACGGCUGUUCGCUGGCAGCUGUUGACUUCAGCGGUCGUUGAAUCGUCCGUAUGUUGCAUCGAGGAAAUAAAAAAAUAUAAUCAACCAGAUCGACGUACGUACAUGCAGAUUCGCACGCGUAUUACGGAUGCGGAAAUCGCGAAAAUCGCGCUAGAUCGAGAAACGAGCGGAAUAACCGAGGUCGGCGAAUGCUGGUAAGCAAGGAGCGGCGAGUAUCGGCGCAUAACAAAAGUGUUGUCGGCGAGACGAUGGCGUCGACGGAGCAAGUUGGUCUAAACAAGACGUGGGAGCUGUCGCUCUACGAAUUACACCGAACGCCGCAGGACGCGAUAACCGACAACACGGAGAUAGCGGUGAGCCCGCGAAGUUUGCACAGCGAAUUGAUGUGUCCGAUAUGCCUUGACAUGCUGAAAAAAACAAUGACAACCAAAGAGUGUCUGCAUCGUUUUUGCUCCGACUGUAUCAUCACAGCGCUUAGGAGCGGCAACAAGGAAUGUCCGACGUGCCGGAAGAAGCUGGUGUCCAAGCGGUCGCUUCGCCCCGAUCCCAACUUCGAUCUUCUCAUUUCCAAGAUUUAUCCGAGUCGUGACGAGUACGAGGCCCAUCAAGAGCGCGUCCUGGCAAAGCUAAACAAGUCUCAUUCUCAAGCGGCGCUGGUUAAUUCCAUCACCGAAGGGAUCAAGCUGCAGAGUCAGAACAGGCCACAGAGAUCUAGAAAGAAUGCCAACGAGCCGGAGAAUCCCAACGGUACAACGCUGAAUAACACCGGGGCAAAUACCAGCGGAAGAACAACACCCGUCACUCCGAUGAAUCCUGCGAAUCAAAGCGACUCGUCGCAGGGACCCAUUGGAAAUAUCAAUAACAGUAAUGGCCUGGGAAAUGUUAUUUCUAAUCCGAAUCAACAAAAUUCUAACAACACCGUAUCUCAACCAGCUAGUAGUCCUGCCGUUUCAGGGACAACGUCGAGAAAUUCAACAACGCCAUCUCCAAACCCAUCAAAUCAAAUUCCAAAGCCAGCAAAACGUCAAAAAAGUUUGCAGAAUUCGGAAAACGAUUCGGCGGGAUCUAGUAUAGAGGCUGAAACAGGUGGCGGUGAUUCUAUGGUGGAUACCGAAGGCGAAGGACCAAGUGAACCGUUGAUGCUGAACGAGAUUGAACUAGUUUUCAAACCGCAUCCAACAGAAAUGGCAGGCGAUAACUCACUGGUCAAGGCGUUGAAAGAAAACAGUGUUCGAUAUAUAAAAACAACGGCGAAUGCGACAGUUGACCAUCUGAGCAAAUACCUCGCCAUGCGUCUGACGCUCGAUCUGGACACAGAGCUGUCGGAGUCCCACAGGCAUUUAAACUUUUGCAUCUACAUCGCCCCGUCCCCAGGACAGCUCGUGGUUUUGAGCGGUUCUCAAACGUUGCGUCAAGUAAACGACAAAUUUUGGCGAGUAAACAGGCCCCUAGAGAUGUAUUAUUCUUGGAAGAAAACCUAGGGAAGGCCCAAGAAGUCUCAGUCAGACGAAAGCUAGUAUACAAUCGAUAUAAACUUGAAUCUGGGAGAAGGAACUUUCGAAAAUAGCUAUAACCAUGUUACAACGUUUCUACGUGAAAGAGAGAGAGCGGUGUGGUAUUUUUUAUGAAAACAACCGUAACAGAAAAUUAUUUGAUAAAAUACCCUACAGUGACAACAGCAAACAAAAUGAUUAAUUUUCACUUCUGCGAGCAAUUCAGACAGUAGCGAGAGAUUUAUUGUUGCAAAUUACUCGGGCUCAUGCCACUAGAGACCACCUGUAGGUUGUGGACGUCACGUCACGUCAAUAAUGUCCGAGACAGCGUCUCACAAACACGUCACCUCGGUAACAGACCCUAAUGCAGUUCAGUUUCAAAAUUCCAUCGAAGUCACCGCAGUUCGAAUCAAAGAAUUAAGACAAUCAGUUAGCCCGACUGCUGCUGAAAAAGUUAUACGGAUUUUUUUUCAUAUUUAAUAUGUUCUAUGGUCCAGGUACCAUGAUCGUACUUCCGAGUGUACUAUCGCAAUUCGAACUGAGUUCAAACCUUUGCAAGUAACUGUCAAAUAGCAUAUUUGAACUUGUCCGUAUGAGAGCAAGCUCUCAUUAAUCUAUUAUCGGCGAGUUUGACGUUACUACUUGCGAGACGUACACUCAGAAGUGCGUCCAUUGGCGACCAUCGCUCUCGAGAGUUUUACCUUCACGUAAACAGGCACUUUCACUUCAUUUUUCCACUCUCUUCCGAUUUGGAGAGAUUGGUAAAAUUUUUCUCAACAUUAUCGGAUUUCUUAUUU